AAUAAAUUAAAAAUAAACAAAUUAAAAUAAAUUUGUGAAAGAGAAGUUUUCCCUUUGUAAGAAUGUAACUUUUCAUAAAAAUCUAUUGUUAGGGAAGUGAACAUUGUUCCCAGACACUGAAGGAGACAGUAAAUUUAUCUUUUUAAAAAAAAAAAUAUUUGAAUUCCACAAUAUUUGUAUUAAUUUACUAAACUUUAAUGUAAUUGUAUGUAUAUAUAUUCAUCAUAAAUUAAGUUUAUUGUAUUUGACGUCAUGUGAAUAUUUGUAGAAAUUCUCUAAUUUUCAACAAUUUGCAUGUUUGCAUCUCAACAAAUCAUUUACAGCCCAUGAAAAUAAAUUAAUGGUAAAGUAGGUCAAAUCAUUAACUGUUAAAAAUAUUUAUUGAAUGCCAAUGUUAAUAACCAAAUUGAACUUAAUAAAAGUAUUGGAGCAUUGAAGUGAGAUCUGAGAAUAGUUUUUAUCCCCUCCUAGUAAAUAAGCAGAACUUUAAUUAUGAGUCAAAAUGAAGACUCUGACAGUGAAUUAGACCCCAGAAUUCAAAUUGAACUUGAAAAAUUAAACACAACUACAGAUGAAAUCAACAAAUUGGAAAUUGAAUAUGAUGAAGCCAAUACAACCUUUCGAAUGCUCUUAAAUGAAUCUACAAGGAGGUUAAAGUUGUUAACCAAAAAAUUGGGAACUUGCAUUGAGAAGGCAAGGCCAUAUUACGAUUUAUUAGAAAUAGCAAAAAAGCAACAAAAGGAAUGUCAGGAGGCAGCUUUACAGUAUCAGAAAGCAAGUGGAAUACAUGCAGCAGCUAAAGAAACUGUAGCUUUAGCAGAGCAGAGGUUUCUAACAAAUCAACAUGAGUGGCAGUUUGAUAAUGCUUGGCAGGAGAUGCUUAACCAUGCUACUAUGAAGGUGAUGGAAGCAGAUACUCAAAAGACAGAGAAGGGCAGAGAACAUCAAAUUAAGGCAGCGGUAUACAAGCAAACUGAAGAGAACUUAAAACAGCUGGAAGAAAAACUUCAAAAGUUUAUCAUUAAAUCUAGACCAUACUUUGAUGAGAAAGUACUUUGUCAAGAUCAACUCAAUACACAAAAACAAAGAAUCGAGAGCAUAAAACAAGAAAUAGUAAAAACUAAAAGCUUUUACUCUCAGACAUUAAAAAAUUUGGAACAGAUUUCAAAUGAAAUUCAUUUAAGGCGACAAGGAAAACAAACAGAAGAUGACUUACUGACACGUCCCAGAGAACCAGGAGUUGGUGCAGAACUAAAUCAAACUUUUGAGGAAACCCCUACUCAUAAAUCUUUAAAAAGUAUUAGUUCAUUACCUGAUAUUACAGCUGAGUUGGAUAGAUGUGAGAUUUGCAGUGUUGCCACCACAAGCUCUGCAGUAAGUGAGAAGGAUUCCAGCGAGAAUAUUUAUGAAGAUCUCGAAGAGGUAAAGGCUAUUCUUAGAGGAAUGACAAGGCCCGACAUUGCAGACGGUAAGAACGAGGAAGUUUACAUAUCCGAGCUUAAUAUUGGGAACAUAAAUUCACCUAAAAAGCAUUGCAAAUCAAGCACACGACCCGGAAGUCGUCUGCAGUGAUUUUUAGAAGCUUUAAGUAGAUAUUAUAUAAAAGUAUUAUAAAUUAAAUUAUAAUAGCACUAAGAGUGCUUUGAAACACUGUAAGAGUUAAAUUCAUUUAAAUGUUGUUAGUUCCUUAUAAGUUUUAAGUGCAAAUUUUUUUUUCAAACGCUGAUUAUAGUUGGAUGUAAUAAUAUUUCAGAUUAUUAUUAUAAUGCGGUGUUUAGUGUUCAGAUGUAACUUUAUUAUUGCCAGAAGCUUUUACAUUUUUUUUUGUUAGAUUGGUAUUUUCUUAUUUGAAUCUCAACUUCUUGUAAUAGGAUACAAGCAAGAAAGGACAAAUAAUAGAAUAUAAAACGUUUCGAUGUAUACAAAUAUAAAAUAUAAGAAAGUUCAA